CUUUCUUUUUCUCAUUACAGGUGCAGUACCAGCCCUGGUGUGGAUCUUGGGACAUUCAUAUGUCUUUUGGUGGGCUGUCCGGGCACUGGCUCGGCCGAAUGGUCAGCAACUCGGUUUCGAUCGAUCAGCGGCAUUGAUUGAUCAAGAUGGCAAAAGCAUUCUGGAUUUACAUUGCAUUGAUCUUCUUUCUGAUAUUAACGGUAGCCUCAAGGAGAGGUGGGAAGAGUAGAGGUGGAAGCCACCGAAAUCCAAGCCGCACUGACACUGGGAGUGACUCAAGCCCCAGCCACACAGGCAACACUGGGAGCGACUGGGAUCCCGGCCGCACAGGCAACACUGGGAGCGACUGGGACCCCGGCCGCACAGGCUACACUGGGAGCGACUGGGACCCCGUCCGCACAGGUAACACUGGGAGCGACUGGGAUCCCAGCCACACAGGCAACACUGGGAGCGACUGGGACCCUGGCCGCACAGGCAACACUGGGAGCGACUGGGACCCUGGCCGCACAGGCAACACUGGGAGCGACUGGGACCCUGGCCGCACAGGCAACACUGGGAGCGACUGGGACCCUGGCCGCACAGGCAACACUGGGAGUGACUGGGACCCUGGCCGCAUAGACAAAACCAAGACCAACAUGGAAAUGGUGGCUGGUGCAGAUGUUUCAGAACCCAUUACAGGAUUUCAUUUAGGAAAUCCAGCAGGCAACAUGAGGUACCGUUUUGACAAUGAUAUGGACUAUUAUUAUUACAAGAGGUAUUCCCAAAAAAUGCCCAAUCGAGUUUACAGACCAUCGUAUGUAGGUAAUCGAUAUGUAGCAAAAGACAGAUUUGUCACUGACUGCUACAACAGGACCAUGACCGAAUAUGUGAUGAAACCAAGCGAUGGGAAGAAUGUCUCAGACGUAGACCCAACAGAAUACCGAGUUAAGAGCACCGUCAUCCGGCAGUUAUGUGUUAGCGAAUAUGAAAAUGGACCUGAAUAUUAUAAUGGCUCCGAGUUAAAUCUGCUUUUUAGCCCAAAGCUCAUCCUCUUCAUCACACUUUUUGUAUAUUUUGUGGUGGAAUGAUGUGAGAAACGAAUGUGAGUGGGAAAGCAUUCUGUACAUAUAUAGAUGAAAUCAAUACAGAUGUGCUGCCCCACUGCCUAAACCAAUAAGUGUUCUUCAGAUUCCUUGUAUCACUGGACUGUAAUGGGACCCCGUUACAACAUGUACUCAUUGUGUCCUAUGUUAGUGUACACGUGACGUUACACAUCAGAGCUGUUUAUUUUAUAUUUUUUUACAAUCAGCCAUCCGCCCGUCUUGCUCGGAUGCAGACCUUAACCACCCUGUUAAUAAUUGCAACUAUUUUUUUUGUUAUUAUUUGUCUAAAAAAAUUUUUCACAGUGUUUAGUUUUUCUAUUGUUUUUGCAUUUUUUCACUUUUUUGUUUCAACCACCCAGGUCCAUAUUUAUUGCAUGGUUCUAAUAUUAAUAUCUAAACAUCCACAGAUAUUUAAUAGACAGACAUUGGAGUCAGGGGUGUACACAGAUCUCACAUGGUCCCAUAGCAAAAUUUAGCAAAGCCAAUCCCACAAAGGUACUCGACUCAUAUUUUUGAUAAAUUUAUGACUUUUAUAUUAUGUAAAGGAAAAUUAUAAUGAAAAAAAACUUACAUUUGGAAAACAUGGAAUAGCUCAUUCUGAACACCAUAUUUCUCAAAGUAUUUCUCAACUGGCUUAAAUGCAUUGAUAAAUCUUCUCCAUGUAGCACUACGUUUCCUGCUUCCCUUCAGUACAUGAUAAAACUGUCUGCCUGCAUCCACUGCUAGGGGUAGCUUAUUGUAUAGGAAUUCAUACAGUUACCAUUGAAAUUAAGAAAAAUUGUAAAGCAAUAUUUUUCCACUGAGCUCCAUCUAGUGGCCACUCCCCGAAAUAGCCAUUAUUUCAUGCUGGGAACAGCAGAAUGUGUUUAGCCCCAUAGCAGUCCCAUGGUCUGCCUUUAUGGUACUGUGGGUAUGUUACUGAUGGACGACAUUAUCACUUUGAGUUCCCUUAGUAUUGCUAUAGCUCAUUUAGUGGUUGUCACAUUCAUUAAAACAAAUGGCUGUCAUAAAAUUGCAGCAACGCAUAAGACAGUAAAGAUCCCUCAGCAAGGGGAACAAUAAUGGAACAAAAUGGAAAAUGCAAACUGCGACUGAUCAUUUGCAAAAUGUGCAUCAUAACAUUUUGAGUUGAUAACUGAAUAUUUGGUCACAAAUGUUCAUAUCUGUAACAGUAAGUGUGGACCCAUUGUGCAAACUAACUAUUUAGCUUUGGGCUAAACCUAAGGGCGUUGUCCUGGCAGUCCCCUGGUAGUCACCCUCUAAAGGGAAUCUGUUAGCAAUUCUAACUUUAUGUAAACCAGUCCAGGGCUACAUAGUGCUGCCUAACACAAUGCAAAACAUACCUGUCUUAGUAUUAUUUGUAUUUCCAAAGUGACGAAAAUUAACUUUUAUACAUAUGAAAAUGUGGUCUGAAGGAUGCGCAGCGGGGCGUGCAUAACUGUAUAGGAGCCCAGGUACGCCUUCUGCCGGAGUCCAAGCCUCCCCUUUAGUUGUUCCCUGUACCUCCCCUUGCUUCAUCCAGCCGCCCCCUCUAAUGUGAUGUCCCGAUCCGCCUUCAGCUCCCGCCACAUGCACGCUAAGUAUGGUGAGGCUGAUGCCCACCGGCAGUUGAUUUCGGCAAAGGACAAUGCUCACUAGUCGGCCGGGUGUGAAGGAGGAUCAUGACAUCGCAGUGGAGGGGGCGGCUGGAUGGAGCCAGGGCCGGUGCAAGGAUUUUUGCCAACACAAGCGAAGCUACAUUUUGGCGCCCCCCCCCCCACCCCCUCACAGCUCACCUGGCCCUGGUCCCGUCUGCAGCAGCUGGCCUCUCC